GCUCUAUUUCCAAGAGCUUGUCGCCUUCCGAAAAGGUUUGUUCUGACUGGUGCUUCAUCUGAAGAGCUGAGCUGUUUGAGAGUGCUAUCCCACUGCAGCUUCAUUUCUGCUUUUGUUUUCAGGGCAUCCAAAUCUGGAUAUAACAACUGGUUGAAAAGUUUGAGAUCAUUAGCGGCUGAACAUCCCCAACUCUCUCAGCCUUUCGUCACAGGAAAGGUGUUCCAGACCUCUGAUCACUUUCAUGGCCCUCAUCCAUGUCUUUCAUCCGCUGUGGAUCCCAGCGCUGAACACUGUACUCCUGCCAUGGUAUCAAGUGAAGCGGGACAGCUCCCUCCACAUUCUAAUGUGUGGACCUUCUGUCACCUAACUGACUUGAGACCAGGUCAGAAAUCGCCACCAUCCGUCUCUCCUGCUGGAGCUGGUGUUCCUUAUUCCCAGUCAACCCUCAGCCUUCCCUGGAGGGAAGGUCAUCAAUGUGGUCAACUGUCACAAGUAUCUGCUCCAAUUUCUGUGAUGCAAGAAGAAAGCAAGAGAAGUGCUCCACCUUUCAUUUCAGUGGGUUCUAAUGUUCAGAACACACAGGACUGGAAACCUAUUCCUCGCCCUGCUGUCUUCGCACAGCAGGAAGCAGGUGCCAGGAGAUUCACUACUGUCCUGGUCUCAGGUGCCAGGCCUGCUGUUGAGGAAAUGGAUACGGCAAGCCCCAAUUCUAAUUCUGCAGAGGAAACUGCAGUGAAGCCAUGCACACCCGGUGUUUUCUCAGUUGCCAUCCCUCUGGAUGAUGCGAUACCUACAAAGAAACGCUUUCCAGCUGAUGCUAAGCGCCCAGGUAUAAAUGCUCUUGCAGAAAGCUACGGCACCACAGGACAGAUCACCAUUACUCCAGGUCCUCUUGCCAGGGCAGGGUCCUGAAGAAGUAAGCUUGCUUCUUGCAUGGGUCUUGCAGAGGGAGAUGCUAGCGUUUGGAUUUUACUGCUAAAAGCUUAAUUAGGUUUAAGAUCAGUGGUUAAAGUACUUGUCAUAUAUACCAGGCCCAGUGCCUUCCUCUGCUUGUUACACUUUGCAAGUAGUAGUACCAGUCUUGCUCUGGUUUUAGCCUAAAGUAACAAAGUUUUUAGUCUCAUAUUUACAUACGUCUUUAUGCCUGCAGCCUGACCUUUCACCAUUUGUGUAAUAUUCAGAAUGGGACAAAAUACCGUCACCUUAGAGUACACUUAAGUAGCAAUUAAAGUAGUUCUUGCUGUGUAUUUUCUACUGCGUUCAUGUUAU